AUGGCCGAGGGCGAGGCAAUCGGGUCGGCGUGGAAGAUCAUCCCGUCGCUUAGCUCGCGGGAUAUCGUUGCCACGUCCGAGAACGAUGACGAUUCUCAGCUCAACUUUUGCUACGUCUACACGGGCAACAAGGCCGCCGCCAACAUCUUCUUCUUUCAUUACGACCCGGCCGAGUUUUCUCCUGGGCGUGUCUUGAUCGCCUUGGGUACGGAAGGCCUGGAUGAAUUUUAA